AUGACCCAACAAAAAGAGUCCGAUGGCCCUUCCCUCGCUUCUCAAGUAGAGCAUGCCCUGAAUCUUUCAAACGACUAUGCACUCGGCUUGGUGCAUUCCGAUGGCCAUUGGUAUGGCGAGAUGAAUAGCAAUGUCACCAUCACCGCCGAAUAUAUCUUCCUCCGACAAGCAUUGGGACUGGAUCUCAAGGCUGAUUCUGCAGCCUACUGCCGUUAUCUCCUAUCUCAGCAAAAUAGUGAUGGCUCCUGGGGCCUGGCACCCGAGUAUCCAGGCGAUGUCUCAACUUCGACCGAAGCCUAUCUCGCACUGAAAAUCUUAGGCAUAAGCCCGCAUGUUCCAGCUAUGCAACGGGCUCGAGCAUUUGUGCUAGAAGCAGGCGGAAUUGCACGCGUCCGCGUGUUCACCCGUAUCUUCUUGGCUACCUUUGGUCUGUUCCCUUGGAAUGCAGUACCGGAGCUUCCCGUGGAGCUUAUGCUUCUGUCCUCCAUUUGCCCAAUCAACAUCUACAAAUUCGCAUCUUGGGCUCGUGGUACUAUUGCGCCUCUGUUGAUUAUCUGUCAUCAUCAACCCGUGUACCCUCUACCGAAGGGAAAGGGCUCUCUGCCGAAUGACAAUAACGACUAUCUAGACGAGUUAUGGUUAGAUUGCACGAACAAAAAUGUACCAUACGGGCUACCCCUCUGGGAUUUGAUGUUGCAAAGAGAAUUCACGGGACUAGCAUUCGGAGUUUUGGACAAAGUGCUCUCUCAACUGAAUGGACUUCGUUCCGUUCCCUUGCUCCGAGCGUACGCCCGAAAACAAUGCAUGAAAUGGAUAUUGGAGCGCCAGGAAAAGUCCGGUGAUUGGGCAGGAAUCUUCCCACCCAUGCAUGCCAGCAUGUACGCAUUCACACUAGAAGGUUACAAGCUAGAGGACGACCCCGUUCGUCUUGGAUUCCAAGCCUUGGAGAGGUUUGCGUGGGAAGACGAGAAUGGAAAGCGAAUCCAAGCCUGUGUCUCACCCGUCUGGGACACAGCUUUGAUGACGAUUGGGCUCUGCGAUGCUAUGUCACCUAACAAACAGACCAUCGACCAAGCUCUCAAGUGGAUUCGAGCUCGCCAGUUGCUUGAACCCCGCGGGGAUUGGCGAGUAUACCGACCCCGGUUAAUUCCCGGUGGCUUCAGCUUCGAGUAUGAGAACAGCUGGUAUCCCGACGUGGAUGACACGGCUGCAAUCAUUCUCGCUCAGGUGAAGCACGAUGCUGGAUCUAUUGGCUCGGAUUCAGUGAUUGCAGCAGCCACGUGGAUUCUGGGCAUGCAGAAUCCCGACGGAGGGUGGGCUGCCUUUGAUGUGGAAAACGAUAAACAAUUUCUCAAUAAAAUUCCAUUCAGCGACAUGGAUAGCCUAUGCGAUACAUCGUGUGCUGAUAUUACUGGGCGGAUCCUUGAGGCUUUCGGUCUGAUGAUGAGAUAUCCUGCAAAGACUGGCCCGAAUCCUCUAUUGCCUACACUGCGUGCCGCGUGUGCACGCGGUGUGCAUUACCUUGCUUCCACGCAGGAGACUAAUGGAUCUUGGUUUGGAAGAUGGGGCUGCAAUUACAUCUAUGGCACGAGCCAUGCGCUAUGUGGUCUGGCUUAUUUUGGCGAGGGAAGUCUCGCCCGCGUAAUUCAGCCCGCUCUGCAGUGGCUGAAAUCAAGGCAAAAUGACGAUGGCGGCUGGGGCGAAUCCCUCCUAUCAUAUCAAUCGCCUGACCGAGGAACGCAGGCUUCAACGCCGUCGCAAACUGCAUGGGCGUUGAUGGGGUUACUCUCUCAUCUUCCAAUCACAGAUGAUGCUAUUGAGCGCGGGAUUCGGUACCUGGUCUCCUCCCAAAGACCAGAGAAAGGUGGAUCAUCAUGGCCCCAAGCGGUAUAUACUGGAACAGGGUUUCCAAAUCAUUUUUAUCUGGGAUAUGAUUACUAUCGCCAUUAUUUUCCCAUGAUGGCGCUAGGGAGGUAUCUGCAAGGAACUCGAGGCUUGAAGUGA